GGCAGAAGAUACAGCAGUGAACAUAGAGGUAAAAACCCUCCCACUCUGCCAAGGGGUGGGACAGGGAGAAAAGGGAAGACAGAGACACGUGGAAUAUGGAGUGUUCGGUGUUGAAAUAUCCAAGAGAAUUUCCUGGCAGAUUUGAUGUGAGGAGUGAUUAAAGAAGAACCAAGAAUGACUUUAAUGUUGUUGGCCUGAGUAACUGGAAGAAUAGGUUUGCCAUUUAUUGAGAUGAGAAGGCUGCCAGAAGAGUAGAGUUGUCUUGUUUCAUUAUGGAGAUAGACGGUUUUCAGCAGUUAGACCUAGAGAAGAGUGUACCUUCCAACAAGACUACUCCUAGAAGGAUUAUCCAUUUUGUUGACGGAGACAUCAUGGAAGAAUAUAGCACAGAGGAAGAGGAGGAAGAGGAAAAAGAGGAACAAGAGGAACAGAGCAUAAAUUCAACACUUGACCCUUCUAAACUUUCCUGGGGGCCCUACCUACGAUUUUGGGCAGGACGCCUAGCAAGCACCUCAUUUUCUACAUGUGAAUUCCUUGGUGGAAGGUUUGCUGUCUUCUUCGGUCUUACUCAACCCAAAUAUCAGUAUGUGCUAAAUGAGUACUACAGGAUACAAAGCAAGAAAAGUGACAACAAAAGUGAAGGGAAUGGAUCAAAGGCCCUGGCAGCUGAGGUUCCUAAUGAAAAGUGUCAUUUGGAGGCUGGGGACCGAGAGUAUGGGACCAUACAACAGGAUACAGCAGAAGCCAUUCCUCAGUGAAGCACGUCAUCCAGGGAGGGUCUGGUGGCAGAGCCCAGCUCAUGAUGGCAGCAAAGACUAUAGUUUCCCUGGAUCUCUGUUCCUUGGCCAUUGGUUACCAUAGCAACAGCACCACAGGUAGCACUUCUGAAUCAGAUCUGAUCCUAAUCCCCAUGUGACUUAGUCUCAAGCAUCCAGGAAUUACAAGCAAUAAUAAGUGUAAUUUUGGGCACUUUCUCAGUAUAAUUUUUAUGUGCGAGCCAACCCAUCUCAACUCCACCCCAGUGAUACAAGUCUCAUGAGUACUGAUAUUUGCACGGUAGCAUAAAUGCCUUAAAGGAACUGUGGGACUGGGAGUUUUGGGCUGAAAUUCUCUGUCAUGGGACUAGGGUACAGUAAAGGAGCUCUAUUCCUCAGAAGAAAAUCUGGGCACUGCAAAAUCUAAAUAAAUCCCCUUUCAGGGUUUGCAUAGGUGUGUACUUCCAAACAACCGUCCUGGCUUAGUUGGGAAUUGUUUUACAAUAAGUAAACAUUGCUAAUAGCUCUGUUA